UGCUCCCGCUCACGGAUUAUGCGGUGACGCUCUCGGCGGCGCUCGCGGAGAUGCCUCCGGUAGUACCAGCGCCGGUGCUUUCCCCGAGGCUUCCCACGGAGCGGUUCUCGGUGGCGUCCUGGUCCCCGACGAGACAACUCCGGAGAACAGACGUGACGACAACGGCUGCUCGCAGGAAGUGGCAGCGGCGUGGCCGCCCGUCGUCCACCCACAUGCCAGAAAAAUGGCUGAUGCGACCACACCAGCGCGGCCUUCUGGAAAACCCGUAGACAAGUGUAUGGCCCGUGCGGUCCAACCGGAACCCCGUGCCCACUACCGAACGGUGACCUGGGCGGGUCUACGAGACGUGACAAUCCUCAGCAUUUCAUUGAUCAUGGGAAUCCUAGCGACCAUGGUAUCAUGGGCAUGCCACCUCGACGCAGCAACACCCAUUCCUUCCGACGCUCUCGGAGCCGCUCCCGAUCCCCCCUACGCCCCCAAUUCAACCCACGGGGCCACUCGCGCCGCGCCAGGCGACAUAACCGCCGUCAGCAACCGCCACGCACUGCCGAGGCUGCCACCUGGUGCGUGAUGGAGGCCGGUCGAAUGGUCACAUUCGCGUCCCGGAUGGCCUGGGAACACCAACCUCAAGUGCCACAAGGGACUGCACCAGAAGACGUUCCCCAUCCCUUCCGGCGACGGACACUGACGGAGCGCUGUGCUGCAGAUCUACCCGCCGCCUACGACGAGGAAGAAUAUGCCGACAUCUGUGAACUUUGCCGCGUCCCACUCAUUUCAUGCGAACAACAUCAUCAAGGAGCACUUCACCACGACCGAGAAGACCGCCAGCGGGCGCUGGUGCGAGCUGGAUCACGGGCCCUUACACCUGCCGACAUCGAGGCCGCCCUCCUUAUUGUUGGCCGUGCCUGCCCCGAACGCCUGCGCCGAACACUACCCUUACCACCAGAACUGGCGAACAUCAGACUCAGCGACGACGAAAUGUAACCAACUAAUUAGGAAA